AAUUCCCUUUUUCCUUUCUCUAUUUCUUUUCGCCUUUCAUUUUUAUUUUUAUUUUUUCAAAUUCUUUUUUCAAGCACAACACAAUAGAAUAGAGAUCCAUUCUACAUGGGACUUCUUUAUGAUAUUAGAUAGAAACCAACAGUUGUAUACAGAACAAAAAAAUAAUUGCCAUGAAAACUACUUUUCCCUGCCACCACCGCCUUCUUAUUCAACGGUGAUUGCUGAAAAGCAAUGGACUGAAAAAUUGGAUGAAAUCAAUGAAUUAUUGUUGACUCUUCGAUUGUCCAUACAAGAUAUCUAUUUUAUGAUGACCAUGUAUCGACAUUACUAUCAAAGAGUCGAGCUGAAAAGUCAAUAUCUUUUAGACAUGUUGAAAAAGAAAUCACCGCAUAGCCCUCUACGUAAAGCAAGAUCGUCGUCCUCAUGCAAUGUUUUAUCAAGCCAAUCUAUUGAAACUGUACAAGUAGAUGAUGAUGAUGAUGAAGAACGAGAAGAAGAGGCCUUAAUUACUCGCAUGAAUCAGACCAUGAGGAUGAUUGUAUCUUUCAUCGUCUACAGCAACAAAAGAAACGGUAUCUGUACAGCCAAUAUACAUUGACAAUGACGAUGAAUCGCCUCAUUCAAUAUGCGAAAACGUCCUCCUUCCGAGAAGAUGCAUCCACAAAAAACAACAAUGUACAACAGGCACAGCAGCAGCAGCAGCAGCAGCAGCAGCAGCA